AGCCAUUUUCACAUGCGUACAGGCUUCAGAGUGAGAGGCGGGGAGGAGCAGUGAAAACAGUUGCACAAAGAGAGAAGUUCUUGAAAAAAAAAUCUGGGACCUCUUCAUAGUCCAUCCAUCCACCAUGGCGAGCAAUCCUUUCGUUCAGCCGUUUGCAAAGGGACAGUGGGGCGAGGGCGAGGAGCUUGAGCAGACAGAUCGUGGUGUAGGUGUCAGUCCGCAGGCGGGGGCGGCUUUUGGUGGAGGGGAUGCAGCUGCAGCAGCCGAGAGCUGGCGAGCUGGGUUGGAGCAGCCCCUCAUACCAGACUCCAGGGGACAGUCUGUUACCAAGGCAACUGCAUCCGCAGUUGGACAUUCCCCCUUGAUUCAGAAUCUAAGUACAAAAGAAGUUACAGAAGGAUCACUUGUUAGCUCAACAGGUUUGGAAGAGUAUAGUCCAGAGAUUGGCACAACAAGACAAGUUCUAAGCUUUGAGUCUCACGGUAUGACCAGCUCAGAUUUUGGAAUAGAGAUGGUACCAGGGGAUUCUAUUGACUUGGCCAAAGCUUUGGUGGACCCUGUUUGCGCAGAGAAGACAGAAUUCCAAAACUACAUUGAUAUGUGUCAUUCAGACGAAUCAAAAGUUCAGGAGUUAUCCAAGAUGCACUGGGAAGAGAAAAUGUCUUUUCUAGAUAACACAUCAGCUGACAUAGAAGCCUCCCCAGAAGCUCCAAAAAAGUCAGUUGAGGAGAUAAAAUUGGUAGAAGAAAUGAGCCCCUGUCUGAGUCCUGAGGAAUCAACGACUGCACCAUAUGUGGAAGAGCCUUCAGAUGAAGACAUUUCAGAGAAAUGGGAAAUGGAGGACACCCAGCACAACGUUCACACAGUGGAUACAUGUGCAUCACCAGCCCAUGUUUUGCUUACUGAGCUAGAAACCAUAGUAGAUCCCAAUAGCAGGUGCAAGUCUCAGCGUGAACAAGACAUGAAACACAAACAAGGAUCUGAUGUAUUGCCAACUGUGACUGUAUCUGAGCCAGAUGAUGACAGCCCAAUCUCCCAAACGCCUACUCCCUCAAGCUCAGAAGAGUCUGAUUCACAGAUUGAAGCUGCUUACCAUUUUCUGGAGGAGGAACACCCUGUUGCCAGCAAGACAUCAGAGCAAACUCAGUGUUUUUCUUUAAAUACCACAGAAGAAGAGAGCUCCCCAAGUGCUGCCUUAACAAAAUUAGAUGAGUCUGCACAGAAUUUGUCAAAUCUACCAGCAACGACAUUAGAUCUAGAGGCCAGCAGUGCUGAAUCUGGAGAUUCUGAGAUAGAGGUAGUACCAGAUGAAUCACUGUCUGUGGAAGAAGCAGAAGAUUGCAGCUAUAUGGCAUUCAGACAGGCUGGUGGGACUCCACCUUCUUCCGUUUCUUCGGUCCAGUAUAGCAUCUUGAGGGAGGAACGUGAAGCUGAGCUUGACAGUGAGCUCAUCAUUGAUCCAUAUGAUGUUUCAUCAGCAUCUGAAGAGAGUCUCCAAAGAGAACAAGGCUCCCCUAUGAAAUCUAGUAGCAUGGGGAAAGAGUCUGCUGAAAAAGCCUUGAUAAUGGACAACCAACAAGAAUCAGAUCAUCAGUCAAGUCAAUUAGCUGAGUAUCCUGCAACUUUUAUUCUGAAAGGUUCUAAUGGAACUGAGGCAGCCACUAUUGAGCCCCUUACCCCUCUCGAUUAUUCAGAAGCUUUCAUUACACCUGAGGUAGUAGUUGAAGAACCAUCUCCAGAAGAAGUCUCUGAAGAAACAGUUGGAAAAAUAAGUGAUAACAAAUCCUCAGACAGAGCCAAGACUGGAAAAGAUUUCGACAACAGCCAGCCUAUUACUUCUGAGCAGUUUCUACUGGUACUCAAUAAGAAAUCAGUUAUUGACCUGCUGUACUGGCGUGACAUCAAGCAGACAGGAAUUGUCUUUGGAAGUGUGCUUCUUCUGUUGUUUUCACUCACCCAGUUCAGCGUUGUGAGUGUCAUAGCUUACCUGGCACUUGCUGCACUCUCUGCUACAAUCAGCUUCAGAAUUUAUAAAUCAGUGUUACAGGCUGUGCAGAAGACUGAUGAAGGACAUCCUUUUAAAGCUUAUUUGGAUAUGGAUGCCACCCUCUCUGAAGAGCAGAUUCAAAAGUAUGCUGAUUCUGCACUGGUGUACGUAAACAGUACUGUCAAAGAGCUGCGACGACUGUUUCUUGUGCAAGACCUUGUGGAUUCUCUGAAAUUUGCAGUACUGAUGUGGCUGUUGACCUAUGUUGGAGCUAUCUUCAAUGGCUUGACCUUGAUGAUUAUGGCUGUCGUUUCUAUGUUUACCUUGCCUGUUGUAUAUGAGAAAUACCAGGCACAAAUCGACCAGUAUUUGGGACUGGUGAGGACCCAUGUUAAUUCUGUGGUGGCAAAGAUUCAAGCCAAAAUACCAGGAGCAAAACGAAAGACUGAGUAAGAGCAAUGUGAAGCGAGACUGUUGGCACAAGAAAGGGCAUCUGGAGCAGAAGCUUUUCUGUAUUCUUCAAAUUAAUCAGACUUGUCUUGGAGAGUUGUUGUCCCAUUUGUCAGCAUCAUGGUUUUAGAAACACGCAGCACUGAGACAGUCCUUUUCCCAUGCUGUUUCCAAAUGAUUAGAAUACCUGCAAUCACUUGUGUCGAUCACUAUAGUAAGGAGAACCAAGUAAUAAUUAUUGUAUUAGCCGUGUUUUUGUGUUGCUUAUAAACAAAUGCAUGACGUUAAGAGUCUUAAUUCUAUUUAACUUUCUAGUGUUUUCUGCUGCAAUGGCGGUGCUUAUAACUUUUAAUGUUACUUGUGGCUAGGGCAUUUCUGCUUUAGUGCACUUCUGCAAUAGUCUAAUUGCUCCAAAGUCACUGAGUCAGUCUGGCUUUAUUGAGUAAAACAAUAGAACAGUGGAUCGAUGUUUUGGUGUUUAUCCAGUACAAAAGUUCUGAGGAUUAUGUACUGUAAUUGUGGCAUUUGGUUUUGUAAACUAAAGAAAUACAACGCUCAUGUUUUUCGAAUUAUUGUCAUACUAUUAA